UUCAUCUUUUGCAACUUGAAUUUCGAGAUAGAGAGAGAGAGAGAGAGAGAUCAAAAUCUACAAAACGACUUAAAAACUUUUUUAAUUUUCAUUUAAUGUUUCUGAAAAAACCGUAAAAUCGAAAAAUCAGGGCUUUGAUUAUCUUCUUUCUGCGUUAUUGUGCCGUUCAUCUCUCUCUCUCUCUCUUUCUCUUGUGGGAGAAAUGAAGAAAACGCUUCUUGCUCUGUUCUUACUGCUGCUUCUGGUUAAUCUCUUCGCGUUUUCAUCUUCUCGGAAACUCAAACCUCUCCACGAUGCAACUGUUCUCCUGGAGCUGAAGACAAGCUUCUCCGAUCCGCACGGUGUUCUGUCUAGCUGGGAUCCAGACAUCUCCUCAAACCACUGUUCUUGGCUCGGCGUCUCUUGCAACUCCGAUCUAAGAGUCGUCUCCUUAAUCCUCGACGGGACCAGACUCGGCGGCGAGAUCUCACCCGCGGUGGGAAGCCUCUCCGAGAUUAGGGUUUUAUCUCUCGCUUUCAACAACCUUGGAGGCCAAGUUCCAAACGAGAUCUGGGGUUUGAAGAAGUUAAAGAGCCUUGACCUCCAAGGCAACGACGACCUUAGGGUUCCAAGAUUCUCACCCAAUGCCGUUAGAAAACUCACGAGCCUCGAAGAAGGAGAAGAUCAAGAAGAGAGUCCAACAACGUCUUCAGACAAAACCGGUCUGUACCCUAUCGAGAUCGCUUCAAUCGUGUCGGCUUCCGUCAUAGUCUUCGUCCUCCUCGUCCUCGUCGUCUUGUUCAUCUACACUCGAAAAAGGAAACGUAACUCGCAAGUACAAGUCAUCGAACCGAAAGAGAUCAAAGUCUUCGUGGACACUGGCGUCCCUCUGACCUACGAGAGCGUCGUGAGAGCCACGGGGUACUUCAGCAACUCCAACUGCAUCGGACACGGAGGCUUCGGCUCCACGUACAGAGCCGAAGUCUCCCCGAACAGCGUCUUCGCCGUUAAAAGACUCUCCGUCGGUCGUUUCCAAGGGGACCAGCAGUUCCACGCGGAGAUCUCGGCUCUCGAGAUGGUCAGGCACCCGAACCUCGUCAUGCUGGUGGGCUACCACGCGAGCGAGACCGAGAUGUUUCUCAUCUACAACUACUUGUCCGGAGGGAACCUCGAGGACUUUAUAAAAGAACGGUCCAAGCCCGCUCUCGACUGGAAGAUCCUCCACAAGAUCGCGCUCGACGUGGCGCGUGCCCUCGCCUAUCUCCACGAGCAGUGCUCGCCUAAGGUCCUCCACAGAGACAUCAAGCCGAGUAACAUAUUACUUGACGAGGGGUACAACGCUUCUCUGUCUGAUUUCGGGUUGUCUAAGCUCUUGGGGGCGUCGCAGUCUCACGUGACUACGGGAGUGGCUGGGACGUUCGGGUAUGUCGCUCCGGAGUACGCGAUGACGUGUCGCGUCUCGGAGAAGGCGGAUGUUUAUAGCUAUGGGAUUGUUAUCUUGGAGCUGAUAUCGGAUAAGCGGGCGCUGGAUCCUUCUUUCUCGUCGCACGAGAAUGGUUUCAACAUUGUGUCGUGGGCGCAUAUGAUGCUGAGUCAGGGGAAGGCUAAGGAGGUUUUCACCAAGGGGCUGUGGGAGAAUGGUCCACAGGAUGAUUUGGUUGAGGUUCUGCAUUUGGCGCUCAAGUGCACGGUGGAUAGUCUUUCGAUAAGGCCGACGAUGAAACAAGCUGUUAAACAGCUGAAACGAAUCCACCCUUCUAGGUUGUGAUACAGAUGAUGAAGAAAGAAAGAAGUGUUGUCUUUAGAGGGAUUUGUACAGCAGCAGCAGCACCAAGUGUGUGUUUGGCUAUUUAGAAGCUUUGUAGCUUUUUGUUUUAUUUUCAAAGUCUUGUUUGCUUAUUUUCUAGAGUAAGAGGUUUUUCAUCUGUGUACUACUCUACUUGCAUCAUCAAAUUACAUUCUCUUAAAACUGAAAACUGAUAGUCAUGUGUGUUUUUA